UUCCAAAGCAGCGAACUUCAUUUUUGAGAGCAGGGAACCUUUGGGACUUUACAGGAAAACUGAUCCUACAAAACUAGGAUGCAGAUGGCUGAAGCACCCAGUAUGAACAAUCAAACAUUUGUAAUUAUUCCUCCACCUGGCAUGACAACAAUCCUCCAAAACCAGGCUUUGUUCCCCAGUACCAUCAACCAACCUCCAGGAAAGGUCCAGGAUACUGACCAGCCACUUCAGACAAUGUAUCAAAUGGACCAACACACUGGAGGAACUGGGACAGCUGGGAACAGAUACAAGGGUCAUGGAGACGCCGUCCUGGGAGGUUGCCCAAAGGUGGUGGGGGCCAUAGAGAUUCUCAUCGGCCUGGUACACUUGACUUUUGGAAGUCUCUUGGUUAUGUUCAGUGGACUGUAUAUAUCAUACAUCAUGUAUCUGAGAUACCUGUACUGGGGUGGAAUUUUGUUCAUCUUUUCUGGAUCUCUCCUAGUGUUCACUGCACACUAUCAAACAUCCUGUGUGAUGAAAUGCAGCCUUGCCCUGAAUAUAAUCAGCAGUUUUGCUUCAGCUAUUGGGGUAUUUUUUUUCCUUGCUGACAUACUUUAUUUCCCUGGUGAUCAGUAUGAACAACAUGCAGUGGACUGGAAAAUGGCCCAAGGACUUUCAAAUACAAUUUUGUUCUUCGCCAUCCUGGAGUUCUUCAUUGGAAUUAUUGCUUCACAUUCUAGCUAUAAUGCUUUGAGCCACCAAGAUGAAGAGGCGAUAUGUCUUGUGACAGAUUUGAAAGAUGAAGUCAUGACACAAUGAGGAGUUCUUCUGCCAGUAGCUGCUCAUCUGCCUCAUGAAGCAUAUGUCUAUAUAGGUGAUGACGACUCUGGAUGGUAGGCUGAGCAGAAGACCCAAGAAGAAAAGUCGUAUCAAAAUCAGCUCUUCCAGAAUGUCAAAUCAAUUUUAAACUAUAGUUUGUGCUUACUUCUUCCUUCACGAUCAUUUGCUGAUUCUGAGGAAUCUUAGCCUCCAGUCAGCAUCCUUGAUGUUUAUACUAUGCAGAAAUCCUCAAGUAACUAGAAGCACCUGUUGAAGUUGGAUGUAAAACCUUCAUCCUAAAUGGGGUGUCCAACAUUUGCAUUGUCUUCCAGUUGUUUUUUGGGUGCAACAUAGCAGAUUACUUUGGUUGGCAAGAACACUUCCAAUACAAGCUCUUAAUGAAAGGGGAAACUGUCAAUGAUUUCAGCACGUUCAACUGCGGGAAUGCCUUCAUAAUGCAUUGAAGACCACAUCCACGUGUACUUUUGUUUUACUGCAUUAAAAAAAAACUAAUUACCAAA